AUGCGAUCUUUCUUCAAGAAGCCAGACUGGGCGAAACCGGAUAGUAAUCCAGGCCAGUCGGCUGAAUUCUACAGGCGGUCCGAGCAAGUUUACACAGAUAUUAUCUCCAGAAAGCCCGAAGUAGAUGAGAAGAGUGAGGAUGAUGAAGAUAAUGAGGAAGCUAGCCAACAUUUGCAGGACGACAGGUUUCAAGAGCCACAGCCAUCACAAGAGUCAAGAGGAUCGAAACGGCGGCGGAUUUCUCGCGAAGAAAGCGUACCAUCAACGAAGUGUCCCGGCCGGGGUUCUGAGGGAUGUGAGAAGGGCAGGGAAGAUCAAGCCGAUGUCAAGGAGGCGAUAUGCCCAAUGCAACGAAUGCAACAAGCACCAGCGACGACUAUGUCGCAUACACAAGUCAAGAAUCCUCCUGCGAAAGUGAAUAAUGAACUACCUCCAACCGCAACAGUGAUAGAACUGGAUUCAUCGGAUACGGGUUCUUUACGGCCGAAGUCGCAAAGUGUACAAGCUACUCAACCACACAGUAGACAAGCGCCAAAGCAUGCUCUCGACGACGAGGAGGAUGACGAUGACGACCUAUACAAGGAAGAAGAGUACGCCGAGCUAGUGCGCAAAGCCCGAGAGAGAGCACGACUACAACGCGCAGCCUCAGCCGGCAACGCUGGACCUGAUCCUGUGGCAGCAGGCGCCCGAACAACUCAGUCUCCUAAUCUCAACCACACCACAAAACCCACCAGCAACACCCCAGACAGACAAAGCCAGCUUGUAGAACCCAUCGUGAGAAUCCUCAUAACCUCAGACCUGCCCAACACAAAUCCACUCAUCGUCCAGCGGCGACUGAACCAAGAUCUCCGUGACGUGCGCCGGGCCUGGUGCAGCCGACAAGGCUUCGACGAUGACAUGACCGCCUCCGUAUUCCUGACCUGGAAGGGCAGACGAUUAUUCGACGUGACGACCUGCAAGAGCCUAGGAGUGCUGGAGGACAAGGAAAAAGGGCUACUACAACCACUACCCAUAAGGGAUUAUUACAACGAUAGCGACGACGAUGGUCGGGACAGCGAAUGGCUUGAAGUUCACAUGGAAGCCGUCACGGAGAAACUGUUCGAGGAAAAGAGACGCCAGGCGAUGAAGGCAUCGCAAGGUGGGUCCGGCGGCAGUGAUGAGGACGAAUAUGAUGACGGCGACAACGACGACGAUGACGAAGACAAGGAUGAGAUGGGUCGAGAAUCUCAAGAAAAGCAGAACGUUCUCCUCAUCUUCCUUAAAUGUCCUGGUAUCGAGGAUCUGAAGAUAAGAGUGCGCCACAAAACACAUAUCUCGUCGAUAAUCAGGAGUUUCCGGGAGAAAAGGGAUAUACCUUCCCACCGCACGGUUCAGUUGUUAUUUGACGGUGACCAGCUUCAUCCAGACUCGAUGGUCAGCGAUAAUGAUAUGGCGGACCGCGAUGCGAUUGAUGUGCGCAUUAAGUGA